AUGUCUUUAAGUGCUACAAGAGAAAGACGUGCAAAUGCUGGCAAGGCUGAAAAAUUGAUCCUAUUAGAAGAAAAACGUGAAGAAAAAGAAAAGAGGAAAAAAGCAAAGAAGGCUCUUAAUUUACCACCUUUAUCAAUAAAUCUUCGUAAAAGAAAAACAGAUCAAUUGUCCAAUGAUGAUAUUUGCAACAAUUCUGUAAAAUCAUCAUCUUCUCAAAAGAAAGGUUCUACUCAAUCAAAAAGAAGAAAUACUAAAUCGAUUAGUAAUAAUAACUUAGAAGAUGAUAAUAUACAACAAUUAGCUCCAAUUGUACCAAUUUUAUCUGGUAUUAGGUCAUCAUCUAGAUCACAUACAUUGCAAAGUAAACAACUAUUAGCUGAAAAAUUAAAAGAAUAUGAAGAAAAAAAACUAUUAUAUCCAAAACGAGAAAAAAUAAUAACAGAAGUAUUAACGCAAGAAGAACUUCUUGCAGAAGCAAAAGAAACCGAAGCAUUGAAUUUGGCAUCACUCAAAGAAUUUGAAUUAAGAGAAAAUGAAAUAAAAGAUUCCGUUAGACGAAACAAUAGACUGUUUCUUGAAAAUCAACCAAGGGAAUCUGAAUUAUUUCGAGAUUGGAGGAAAAAACCUCAAAGGCUUCCAGCCAAAUACAAAGAUCCAAAAUCUGGCAUACCAUAUGCAAAUAUGGAAGCUUAUUCCAGAAUUCAAAAAUUAAUGAACCAUCAAUAUAUUUGGUAUGGUAAAGGUUGUGUUUAUUUGAAUGGCCCUGAUCAACCCCCUGCUAAAGCGCUAUAA